AUGGCCGGUUGCUGGUCUUCCUUCUUAGAUUUCUUUCGAGGAGAUCCUUCCAGGAAGCAAUUUAAGAGAGCGAACGCAUUUUACUCGCAGUAUAAGGCCUCUGACAAGAAGGACUUGAAGGCCCUCAAUAACUCCAUUGCCAAUUAUGAGCUGGCACUCAACAAUCGCCGCAAAACCAAAGAUGGACUUCCCCAUCCUGAUCUUGGGAUAACCCUCAUCACAUAUGCAUCUGUUCUUUGGGAACGCUACACAAUAACUCACUCCCAGUCUGAUGUUCUUAAAGUUAUUGAGCUGGACGAAGAAGCGUACGCAUUAUGGGAGAGUGACCCUGCAUCCCGGCCUCCGGAUUACCCUGUUCUGCUUCUCGACCUCGGAAAUGCCUACUGCAAUCAGUACAAGGUCAACCCGGCCCUUCAUGAUAUGUUGGGAAAGGCCAUCAUCAUGUUCGACAAGCUGAAAGAAGUCGGAACGGAGACCGACAAGCAGACAGGUUUAAUCAAGCUCGGGGAUGCACUCUAUACCUGGUGUUACGAUGACUUGGCUCAAUCGCAGGACGAGAAAGAGGAGAAGCUCGAUCGCUCUAUUGCAAUCCUCGAGAAAGCCAUUGAAGGUGGCCGCAUUGGUCGCAAAGAAGGAGCAAGCGACUCGUCAAUCCCCUAUGAGACUGCGCGACAGGGUUUGCUUACCCUUGCAAUGGCUUACAACCUCCGCUUCCAAAAUCGUAAAUUGCGGGCCGAUCUGGACGAAGCUAUCAAGUACAAUAAACUAGUGCUCAAGCACAUGCGCAAUGACGAUACGAAUACGCCUUACAGUCUGUUUGAUCUUGCCGAAAAACUCUUCGUCAAAUACGAAUAUGAGCAAGGACGGAGAGCCACGGGCAGGUCGACUGAUGGAGCAUGGCUCAGCAUUGACUUAAAGGCAGAUAAAGGAGUCAAUGAACUCCGUGGAGCUGAGGGGGCACUGACCCAGGUGUUGCAAUGGAGAGAAAUUGAUGACGCCAAACACGCGGAACUCAAAUCGGAAUCAACAAAACUUCUAGAUACGGUCAGGACACAUAUUACCAACCUCAGCAGGACUGCGUCCAGGGCAUCAAGCAGCACCAAUCUUAACGCAAGUGACAAUGGGGCAGAGCACGUCUGA